GCAAGUCAUGUUUUGAUCACAGGAGGGAGGCAGAGCUCUACGGCGAUUAUGCUUUUUAUCUUCUCUAGAAAAUAUUCACGAUUCAUUUAGGUAUUUUUAGAUACGCGGUGUACUUGACAAUUACCCAACAGGCACCCGGGGGACCGAUGGAGUACACUCUCCUGACAAGUUGAGUUUUGUGUACGGAAGUGGUCAGCAGGUUGUAAGGUCAAAGGGUAAAGGCUAUCCCUCUUUCGAUUCUGAAUACACACAGCCAUCUUGGAUCUAACGCAGAGAAGAGAAAUUGAUGCGGUGACGAAAGGCAUGUUUGGUGCUAGAAAGAAAUUUGUCGAGUUCGUCGAGGUUGUCGAUAACGACUUCUCAGAUGAAAGCAUGUACUACAACCAGCCGUCGAUGUUCCCACAUCGGUCGGACAAAGACAUGCUUUCCUCUCCCUCACCAUCAUCGUCGGGGCAGCUGUCGCAGCUCGGUGCAAGUUUGUACGGCCCACAAAGUGCACUUGGCUUUUCGAUAAGGGGCAUGGGGAACAGUACGCCUCAGUUAAACAGAAAUUUAACACAAGGCACGCAGCUAUCGAGUCAUAUUACUCCUACAACCGGUGUCCCCACCAUGUCCCUCCACACCCCUCCUUCACCAAGCAGGGGGACAUUGCCGAUGAACACGAGGAACAUGUUGAACCACUCUCAGGUCGGACAAGGCAUCGGAAUGAGCGGUAGGACCAACAGUAUGGGCAGUUCGGGGCUUGGCAGCCCCAACCGAAGCUCGCCCAGCAUCAUCUGUAUGCCCAAACAGCAACCAGCACGCCAGCCCUUUACCAUCAACAGUAUGUCAGGAUUUGGAAUGAACCGUAACCAAGCUUUUGGGAUGAACAAUCCAUUAUCAAGCAACAUCUUCAAUGGCACAGACUUUCCUGCAUUAGCGGACAGGAGUCGGAGAGAAGGAACUGGAAACCCAACACCAGUGCUCAACCCGCUGGCUGGACGAGCUCCUUAUGUUGGCAUGGUAACAAAGCCAUCAACUGAACAGACACAGGAUUUCUCCAUCCAUAAUGAGGACUUCCCUGCACUGCCUGGCCCAAAUUACAAGGACCCUUCGUUGAACAGUGAUGACAACAAAACUAACUUGAACUCCACAAGCAAGAGCACAUCCAACGCAGAUGGGCCGAAGUUCCCCGGGGAUAAGACGGCAUCAGCACAGAACAACAACCAGAAGAAAGGGAUCCAGGUGUUGCCCGAUGGUCGGGUGACGAACAUUCCCUCAGGGAUGGUGACAGACCAAUUCGGCAUGAUAGGCCUGCUGACGUUUAUCCGAGCGGCAGAGACUGAUCCAGGGAUGGUCCAUCUGGCACUUGGAAGUGACCUCACAACAUUGGGACUCAACUUAAAUUCACCUGAAAACUUGUACCCAAAGUUUGCCUCUCCGUGGGCGUCAUCACCAUGUCGACCUCAAGACAUCGAUUUCCACGUCCCCUCUGAAUACUUAACCAAUAUCCACAUAAGGGACAAGUUGGCUGCAAUUAAACUUGCUCGAUAUGGUGAAGACCUGUUGUUCUACCUGUACUACAUGAAUGGUGGAGACCUGCUGCAGCUUCUGGCAGCAGUAGAGCUCUUUAACCGGGACUGGAGGUACCACAAAGAGGAGCGAGUUUGGAUAACAAGAGCACCUGGCAUGGAGCCAACACUGAAGACCAACACAUACGAGAGGGGAACUUAUUACUUCUUUGAUUGUCUUAACUGGAGGAAAGUAGCCAAGGAGUUUCAUCUGGAGUACGACAAGCUGGAAGAGAGGCCUCAUGUGCCAACAACAUUCAACUACAACCCAGCCCAGCAGGCCUUCUAAGGCCUGACCAGUCCAAAGCUGCAGCUGUUCCUACACACAGCACUGUUGUCCAGGAGGGGGCGCUGUGAUUGCCACAGCUUGGUUUUUAUUCCUCGAGGAUUUGGUUCUUUGACUGCGGGGGUUGUCGCCACCAUCCAAACUGCCCUGCCCUUCCAAAAUUACAUGCUGCCCAAAACACCAACACUUGUUCUGUUUUUAUUCUUUAUGUUCCUGCUGUUAUUUUUGUCUUGUUUUGAGCAGGGUCUGUGUUUUGUUUACGUCUCUGAAUCUGAAGUCUGUUUUCUCGCGGAGAGGAGGACUGACCUUGUGGCACAGGACAGUAACAGUAACAAGUGUUAUGCCUCAUUCUCACACGUGUAAGAACAGAAAGAAGUCAGGGAAAGUAAAGUUAAUAUCCUUGGACGCAAGUGAAAGUUUGAAAGAAAUGCAAUGUUUAUUGUUGCACUAUGUUUAGUAAUAAAAGAACACAAAAUUUAUUUGUGCUUUUUUAUGUGAACACUCCCUGAAACAAUUUUUCCUUUUCCAUUUUUGUUGUGUCAGGGGUUUCAUGCAACUUUUCCACAUGCAUCCCUUUUCAUCUCUCCUUUUUUUCUUCCAUUUAAAUACCUCUGUAUUUGCACCAACAAACUUUCUGUCUGUUCUUCUUUUUCCUUCCUUCGGUCUGUCUGUCUCCCUGAGUUCUGUGCCAGCUGAACAUGGACACAAGUCUGGGAGAUAACUUUGGUUUCCACAAAUGUGGCCGAGUUCUCAGAUGUUGCUUCAGAAAAAAAAAACAAUUUCCAGUCUUUGUUACAAUUUUGUAAGAAAUGUGUACAUUUUUUGUUUCUUUACAUCACAUAAAGUAGUAUAUGUAUGUACGAAUGUGUAUAUAUGAUUGCUAUAUAUAUAUAUAUAUAUGUAUGUAUAUAUAUAUAUGACAUCUAUUUUGGAAGAUAUUUUGCCCUGCCUUGUACCUCGUUUUGUUGAGGUGAGCAUGGAUGCAAUAUGUGGAUGUAACAGGACAUUUCUGGAUCUGCUGGACAGGGUGUCACAUGGCACUGUGGGCACUUACAACAAAAUAAUACAACAUUAAAAUGUCAUUAAAGGAAAGGCCUGAUUCUCAGCCAAAAACAAAUCAAACAAGGAGAUCAUCCCCUGAGUUAAGAGUCCAAAGCUGAAGAAGGGAUGUAUUUCAAUUCCAGCUGUUUGAACAGCUGUGAACAGCAGCAUUUCAUAGGAAACGGAAAAAUGACAAUUUAAGGAGAAAAAAAAUCCAGACCAAUCUUGUAUUUUCUGAAGUAAAACGCUUUUCUUUGUAUUAAAGCGGAAAAGGCUUUCCUGAA